AUGGCGUCCACCAAAGGAUCUUCCUCAAAAGGUAUGAAAACUGAAAAUAUUCUUUGUCUACUUAUAUUGUCUUCGCAGCUUAUAGCAAUAUGUGGAGAUGUUGAACAGAACCCUGGCCCUCUCAGCACAAGACAAGGACAGAUUUCAAAAUCCGGCGAAGUAGUUUACCCAACCCCAACCGACAAUGUUAUUGAACUCACAUCCCUCGUUCAAUCGUUGAAAGCUGAUAUCUCAAAUCUACGGUCGGAAAUUAAAGAUCUUAAAGAUGAAGUUAAGGAUUUGAACAUUAAGGAGGAGGUUAUUAAAAUACGGGAAGAGGUUACUGAAUUAAAGAUGGAUAGCAAAUCUAUGAAAUCAAAGAUAGAUAGCACUGAAAAUCGAGAAAAACAGAAAAAUCUUAUUUUAUAUGGUGUAAAGGAAGUUGUGGAAGGCGUUGAAGACUGUGAGAAACUGUGUUUAAUAAACAUAUUGUUAACGGUCGUGUUCAAGGAGAUAUUGAUGGUGAAUACACAUGUCUUACAUACAAUGGCGCUAGUGUAG